AUGGAGCACGAUAGCGUGACCAGCUGGUUUGUGCGCCGCAGGGCGGCUGCGCCGCCAGUCCAGGAGGGCGCCGACGGAAAGCAGCAGAAGGGCAAGGGAAAGCAGAAGGAGGCGGUGGCCGCGCCCGCAGACAAGAAGCCCUCAAACCCAGUGGCGGCAGCGGCGGCGGCUGUCGCCGCUGCGGCAGCCGAGAAGAAGGACAGGAAGGCCGCCGGCGCCGCCCCUGCGAGCGACAAGAAGCCGUCCAGCGCUUCCGCAGCCGGCGACAAGAAGGCAGCUGGCGCCGCAGCCGGCGACAAGAAGGUGCCAGCAGCCGGCGCGGGCGCCGGCAAGCAGGCCCCCGCCGCUGGCGCAGCGGCCGCCAAGAAGCCCCCUGCCGCCAGUGCAGCACCCGCCAAGAAAGGCCCCGGCGCUGGCACAGCAGUGGACAAGAAGGCGGCGGCGCCAGCCGCCGCAGCGGACGACAGAAAGCAGAGGGCCGCCCCUCCCGCUGCUGUGCCCGCUGCCCCGAGCUCGGGCGCCGACAGCGACAGCGACGAGGAGCCGGCGCUGGCGCCUGCGGGGCGGGAGCAGGGGGCCGGCGAGCAGCAGCAGGGCGGGGAGAGGGAGAGGGAGAGGGAGCUGUUUGAUGAGGCCGAGUACCGCCCCCGAGUGGUUGCCUACAGCGACAGCGACUCUGAUGUGGAGUCUCACUUCAAGCGCGUGAAGACGCACCUGCUGCCGCCCAGCGAGGAGGAGGCGGCGGAGCGAGCGGCGGCCGAGGCGGCCGCGGCGGCCGCCGCUGCCGCCGAGGAGGCCGCCGCGGCCGAGGCGGCGCGCCAGCAGGCCGGCCUGCGCCGCCUGCGCGGCGCGGUGGCGGGCGCGGCGGGGGCGGCGGGGCGCAGCCUGGGGCCCCACCUCACCGCCGCCCUGGCCGCCCGCGCGGGUGGGCUGCUGCUGCUGGGCCGGGCGCGGCCCCGGGCCGCCUACGCGGCGGGGCUGCUGGGCGCUGCCGUGCCGCUGGCUGGCGCGGCAGCUGCCAGGGCGGGGCUGGACCUGGGAGCGCUCCCCGCCCCGCUGCUGGCAGCUGGGCAGGAGCUGGAGCAGCUAGGCAAGGCUGCGCUGGCGCUGGCGGCGGCCCGCCUGCUGCGCGUGGGCCUGCAGCGCCAGCGCCGGCGGCGGCAGGAGCGGCGGCGGCGGCGCAGCGAGGCGCUGGCCGACGCGGCGGGGCGUGCGGACGCUGCCACGGCCACAGAGGGCGAGCAGCCCGCCACGCCGGGGCGCCUGCUGCGCCGCAAGUCGUCAGUCAACCUGGCGGCGCUGCGCGCGUGCGCCGACCUGGGCGCCGCCAUCGAGGCGCGGCAGCCCCACCCGGCGGCGGAGUGGGCGGCGGCGGGGCACCCCCAGACGGGGGCGGAGUGGGGGGCGGUGUAUGGGGUUGAGGUGCAGGAGAUGGGGCGCAUGCUGCAGGAGAACGAGGUGGAGCUGCCGGGCGAUCGCUUCGAUGCCACCAACGCCGAGCUGCUGCGCUUCGCCAAGGCCUGCAACCUGCUCACGGCCAAGACCCCCGAGCAGCGCGCGGCGGCGGUGGAGGCGGGUGUGAGCCGCGUGGUGCACACCCAGGAGUGGGCGGGGCGCCAGCGCUUCAUGAGCGACCGGGAGCUGCGCCGCUGGGAGCGCCUGGUGGCCUGGAAGGCGCACGACGCCAGCGGGAGGCCCAUCCUGCUGGCGCGCGUGGGCCGCGCGCAGCAGCUGGUCAAGCCCGAGCGGUACGACGACUUCGCCACCGCCCUGCUCACGCUGGUGCACCGCGGCCUCACCACCCAGCUCAGCAACUCCAAUGGGCCAGGGGAGCAGAUGGUGGUGGUGCUGGACUGCCGGGGCGGCAGCAGCAUAGGCCUGACGCGCCACAUGGGGCUGCUGAAGAAGCUGGCGGUCACCCUGAACCAGCACUAUCCGGACCGCCUGUUCCGCCUGCACCUGCUGGAGCUGCCGCUGCUGCUGCGCUGGGUGCUGCACGCGGUGACGCCGCUGCUGCACCCCAACACCCGCAGCAAGGUGGUGCUCAGCAGCAUGAGCGACCCGGGCCUGCCCGUCACAGUGGCCUUCCUGUCCAAUAGGCGCUCCGUGGCCAAGCCCAGCUCCAUGAAGCGCAGCAUCAGCAACUGCUCCUUCCCCAGCAGCGGUGACGCCACGCCCGCGCUGCUGUCGCCGCAGCAGACCCCCAGCGCCAGCCUGCUGCCCGCUAUGGUGGCGGCGGCCACCGCGGGCAUGGCUGCGGGCGCUGAAGCCGGCACCAGCACAGCAGGCACUGCGUCGGGGCAGCAGCUGGGGGAUGACGACAUCCCCACCACGCCUCCCCCAACCCUCAAGGCGCCACAUUCCCCUCGGGAGGUGGCCAAGCCGCGCCAGCAGCAGCAGCAGCAGCAGGCGGGCCAACAGCAGCAGCAGCAGCAGCAGUGGGCGGUGGCGCUGGGGCCGGAGGCGGGACAGCCACGCCCCACGCCGUCCUCGCCGUUUGUCUGCAAGACACCCGCGCAGCAGGCGCAGCAGCAGGCGCAGCAGGCGGCGGCGGCCGUGCAGGGGCUGGGGCAGCCGCCGGCGGCAGCCGUCGGCAGCCAGGCCGGCGCCGGCGCCGCCGCCGCAGCAGCAGGGGAUCGCGCGGCAGGGCAGCCGCCGGUAUCGGCGGCCGCCUCGGCGGCCCAGGGCAUCACCAGCCACGCCGUGCCUUGGUCUCCUGGCAUGCAGUCCCCGGCUGGCGCCCUCAGCCGCGACAGCAGCUGCGGGGACGAGCCGGUGUCGGCGGCGCGGGCCAAGGCGGCCGCCGACGCGGUGCGGGAGCUGGAGCAGUGGCAGCAGCAGCACGCGCUGCAGGCAGGGACGCAGGCCGGCAGCGGCAGCCGCGACGGCGCGGGCGGGCUCACGGGCCGGCUGGGCCAGCCGCAGCUGCAGCUGCAGCGGCUGGAAAGCGCCGGAUCCUCUAUCAGCCUGCCGCCCCUGGCCUCUGCCCUGUCGGCCCCGCCAGCCAUGCCCACGCCGCCGGCCGCCUCCCCAGGCAGCGCCAGCAGCGGCAGCGCGCUGGGCAGCUGGCUGGGCGGGCUGCUGCCGGGCCAGUGGGGCGCCGCCGCCGCCGACCAGGCCGGCCAGCAGCAGCGCCAGCGGCGGGUGCGCCGCCAGCCGGUGCACCGCCUGCCGCUGGCCGGCAUGCUGGCCGGCAGGGAGGGUGGCGGCGGCAGCGGCGGCAGCACGCCGCGCACGCCGCAGAGCGGGCGCCCCAAGAUGGUUGGCGGCCUGGUGGAGCUCCCUGAGCGGACCGGCAGGCUGACGCCCGGCCGCUGCCAGACGCCGCGCAAGAGCAGCCUGCGGCGCAGCGAGUCUGCCGACUCCCUGCCCACCUCCCGCAGCAGGCUGGGCAGCCACCCGCUGCGCCGGCAGUCGUCUGUGUCAUGGGCGGAGGAGCUGGAGAGCAUCAAGGAAAUCCACGCCCGCGAGUCGCCGCCCCACGGCGCCCUGCGCACCCGCCUCGCCUCCGUGACGCACCCGCAGCUCCUGCUGCUGGCCUGCAUCCUGUCGCUGGUGAUGGCGGCAGCGCUGCAGCGCCUGCUGCUCACCCUGACGCUGUGA